AUGAUGAGGCAAUCAAACUUAAGCCCAAUAAUCCUUUGCAUUUCUGCAAUCGAGCUAGGGUAUUUAAUAAUCUCAGACAAGAAGAAGCAGCUUUACAGGACUUUAAUACGGCUUAUAAUUUAUUGCAACAAUAUCAAGAAAGUGGUGUUUUCGUUGCGGAUGAGUGUAAACUUUCUGAAAAAGAUAUCAAAUUUAUUAACGACAUAUUAG